AUGUCGCCGGCCGCGGUCGACUCCAAGCCGCGCGCGCCGGUCGGUGCCGGUUUCGAGCGCGCCAAGGAGCGCAUCGCGCGGCGGCGACGGGGCAAGGGCGACCGCGACGGGUCUUCCCUCGACGGCGACGUGUGCGCCCCCGUCGUGGAGGAUGCCGUCCCGAACGUCCCAACCACGAGCUCGCACGCGAGAGGCGAGAGCUCGGACGACGGCGAGAGCUCCGGGGCGACGAUGCGGCGAUGGUGCUGCAACGUGUGCACGUGGACCGAGGCACCCGCGUGGGCGGUGCAUAACCGGUACAUCCACACCGGGUAUCGCACGGGGGGCGGGUACGUGGGUGCGCUGCGCUCGGUGUUCCAGCGACACAACGAGACGUGCAACAUAUGGACGCACCUCGUCGGCCUCGCCAUCUUCGUCGCCAUCACGUGCUCCAUGGCGUUCGACUGGGGCCGGCACCGACUGCCCCGGCUGCCGGAUUCGUGGACGUUCGGCGACGAAUCGUUCAACGCCACGCGGCGCGCCAUCUAUCGCCACCUGCGGGACUUCGCGUCCACCGCGGAGGACACCAGGCGAUCCCUCGUGGACGCGACGGACGCGUUACGCCGGGGAAUAGGGGAUUCAAAUGCAUGGAUGGAGAGUAACGCGAAUAACAUUUUGAGGGAUGCGGUGGCGUCGAUGACGUCGGUGGCGACGCACCUUCGAGAGCAUCUUCGGCUGAGCCCUGGCGGCGCCAACGUGGAGGCGUUGAGGCGGACUUUGGACGACGCGGCGAGUGCCAUGCGUCACGCGGUGCACGGGCUGGAGCACGACGCCGUCGAGGCGCUGAACGCGGAGGUUGCCAAGCUCUACGCGCAGCUGGACGCGGCGCCCGCGCUCAUCGCGAACGCGACCGCCGUCGGCGUGGACCUCGCGCCCGCGCCGAGGUGGCCGAUGUACGCGUUCCUCGCCGGGGCGAUCGCGUGCCUCGGGAUGAGCACCGCGUGUCACACCCUGGCGAACGUCACCGAGCGCGUCAGCUCAAUCGUGUGGCGGUUAGAUUACGUCGGCAUCGCGGGUUUGAUCGUCGCGAGCUUCUUCCCCGUGGUGUACUACUCGUUCAUGUGCAUGCCCACGUGGCGUUGGAUCUACCUGAGCACCACGGUGUUCGUGGGGACCGGGACGCUGUUCGUGACGCUUCUGGAUAGGUUCCAGGCGCCGCAAUACUCCCCCCUGCGGGCGACGUUGUUUUGCUUCCUGGGCGGCAGCGGGGUGUUUCCCAUUUUCCACCAGACGUUUUUCACCUGGCGCGUCGUGCCGACUCCGAUCGUGUACAUGCUCGGGAUGGAGCUCUUAAUGGGGGCGUGCUACCUGCUGGGCGCGGUGAUAUACUCGAACGCGGUGCCGGAACGGUGGCGACCGGGCGCGUUUGACGUGUGGGGCCACAGUCACAACAUAUUCCACGUGUUGGUGGUGUGCGGCGCGUACGUGCACUAUCGCGCCGCGUUGAUGCUGAUGGCGUGGCGCGAUCACCACGGAUGCGACGCCGACGUCACGUUGCUCAAGUCGUGGUACGUAGAUAACGGGUGGAUGGGGUACUGCCUACCGGAGGGAUGGGUCGAGUAUGCGAGGGAUAACCUCGAGUAUGCGGUUGACGCUGUGAUGGGUCCGGCUCGGCACGAGGAGCUCUGAAUUCUUUGCGACGCUCGCGCCGAUCUGUAUGUUGUAACUUGAUCCUAACCGACGCUACGAUGGAUACGACGACGCCGUGUGUUUUGUAGUUCAGUUUAUAUUAAAAAGGUUGAACUCUCUAAAGUU